CCAUGGUACUACUGCACUCAGAGCUGUCUGUGCAGUUCGCCCAGAGUCCGCGCUCUCCCUCCUCCUGGCAGCCGUGUCCUUUCCCUUCCCUUAUCCAAACCUGCUUCAGUGGGGCUGCACCCGCCGCCUUCAGCGUGCCUGCCGCAGCUCCCCUCCCUGCGCCAUGUGCCACCGCCGUCCUUCCCUGCGCGCUGCGCUGCUCGCUAAGGACAUGCUGUGGCACAGCUGUCUGCCUCCUCUGCUGCAGUCAGGCAGGUUUGUAUUACUGUGCACGCUGCUGAUGUCGAGCUCCUGUCGUGACCCAGCACCCCAUAGGAGGAGCAAAUGAGCUGAGACGUCAACGCAAAAAAUUAUAGCCAUGCGAGCUAUUCCUCUGCUCAGCUGCUUGGAGAGUGCCUACAUGGUUUGUGUGACAGCACCAGCACACAGAAGCAGCACUGAAAUGCAGUUAGCAAUACAGCUGGGAGACAGGCAGCCAGGCAGGCACUGGUCCAGUGACUAAAAUGAUCGUACUGUGAGCCAGCCUGCAGUGCCUCCAAAAGUGGCUGACUGCUACACAGAAGCUCGGCUUUCUUUGCAGUUACUCCAGUUUCCCCCCGUUGACUGCAGUGUGCCCUCCGUUUCGGUUUUGUUUGCCUUUUUGUUUCUCCCUCCCACCCACCGGUCUCCCUCUCUCUCCUCCCGUGUCCUUCUCUCCAGGAUGGCGGAAGCAGAGUUGCACAAGGAAAGGCUCCAAGCCAUAGCAGAGAAAAGGAAAAGGCAGACAGAAAUAGAAGGCAAGAGACAACAGCUUGAGGACCAGAUACUUCAGCUGCAGCAUUUCAAGUCAAAAGCUCUUCGGGAAAAAUGGCUGCUACAGGGAAUUCCUGCUGGCUCUGCAGAAGAGGAAGAAGCCAGAAGGAAGCAGUCAGAAGAGGAUGAGCUGAAGGUGAAAAAGCUGGAAGAAAACAUACACAGACUGGAACAAGAAAUACAGAAAUUAGAAAGUGAAGAAUCACAAAUAUCUGCCAAAGAACAAAUAAUUUUGGAGAAACUAAAGGAGACUGAGAAAUCCUUUGACAACUUGCAAAAGAGUUUCUCCCACCAGGAUGGUGAUGCAGUAAAUUACAUUUACUCCCAGAUCCCUGAACUCCCAACCCUCUAUUCACGAACAGCAGAGCCAGUUCCUGGGUGGGACGGAUCAAGCAGAGUAGCUGCUUUGUGCACCAUGGAAAUUAAUGUGGAGAAAGACAAACAGACAGGAGAGACCAAGAUUGUCUCUGCUUCACCUGUUGGCCCAGAUGAGGCCCAUCAAAGAGGAUUCAAAGUCUAUGAUGAUGGUUCCAAGGUAGUCUAUGAGGUUCACUCUGGUGGCACAGUGGUAGAAAAUGGAGUACAUAAAUUAAGCUCAAAGGACGUAGAUGAACUUAUGCAAAAAGCUGGACAAUCAAGUGUAAAAGGAGGGUAUGAAACAAUGACUGUGUCAGACAAAAAUGUGGUAGCCGAUGGAAACCUUAGCCAUAUGAAGGAGCAAAUGCUCUUCAAGGAGGCAAAGCUAGAAAUGGUACACAAAUCCGGCAGAGGACGUGCUGUGAACCCUCAGCCACAAGACAAACCCUGUGGUGGUGAGACCCCAGAGCCCAGUGCAGAUCAGCCGGUGACAAUGAUAUUUAUGGGCUACCAAAACAUCGAUGACGAAGAGGAGACAAAGAAAGUGCUGGGCUAUGAUGAGACCAUCAAGGCAGAGCUUGUGCUGAUUGACGAAGACGACGAGAAGUCACUGCGGGAGAAGACAGUGACUGAUGUUUCCACCAUGGAUGGGAACGCUGCAGAGCUGGUCUCUGGCAGGCCCCUGUCAGACACGACAGAGCCCUCCUCUCCUGAGGGGAAGGAAGAGAGCCUGCCCUUGGAAGCUGCCCCAGGUACACAAAAGAAAAAGCGCUGUCAAUGCUGUAUUGUCAUGUGAGCACCUCCUCCUUCCCCGCUCCAGGCAGCUCCUGCUCCAUCACUUACUUAGACCUCACUGUACUUCUAACUGCAAUACUGUGAACUGGAAGUGAAUGCCUCCAUUGCCUUGCAGUUGGGUUGCUUUUCUUUCUAGUUCUUCUGGAAGAGGAAUGCAUGAUUGUUUUCCCAUCAGGCAUAUAUUUGGUGUUGGGGAGGGGUUGGGGGCUUUUGGCUUCUUUUUUUCUUUGUGUUGUUGGUGAUGGUGUUUUGUUUUGUUUUGUUUUUCCUUAAUACUACAGAGUGAGAGAUAAACGAGAAAUGGAACAUAUGUUUUCAUAUUUAUUUGAUUUUUAUAUAUAUAUUUUAUAUAUAUAAUGAAAACACUUUUUACAUUUUUUCUUUAAGUAUCUGGCAGGCUUGAUCAGAUUCCUAGGAUUUUGUGGGAGUCUGAGUUUCACAGCCACCAGAUAUGAGAGCCUUAAAAAAAUGUUACCUAUCCUUUUUAUGAAAAAUCACAUUAAGUAUUAUUUUAUGUGUCAUGUUUUUUAUUUCUCAGGGAAAGGCUCAGAUCAAUUUACUGUUUUGAUCUGCUAAAAAUCAGACAAGCCUUUCCCAAAAAAUUGCAUAAUUUUGUUUUUUAGUAACUUUCCAGUUUAGUUUGCAGUGUCAGAAAAACCCACUAACCAUUUCCGCUAAUUGGUAAUACCAGAAGUGGACCUUAAUUGUUCUUUCUAGAAAAUGUAUGAAUGAUCAUUUUGCCUUAUACAAAUCUUCCAGAUUACAGUAUUGUAUAUGCACUUCAUCUCCCCAAAUUACAGUUGAAAUUGACAUGAAAAAGAUGCAGCUGUCACACCAACAGAAUUGGAGUCACUCGUCAAUUACUUUCAAUAACUCCGCCAAUGCUUUUACAUGAAAUUUUCCUGCUGAACUCCAGUCGAAGAGGGAUGCUGCGUUCUAUUUCCAUAGAAUAUAAAUGAACUUUUCUGACAGUCUGACCCUGUUCCUACUGGAUUCAGUGGCAAAAUUCGCAGUGCUGGGAAUGCAGGCAGGGCCAGAGUUUUCUUUUGUAGUUCUUACAGAAGUGUAAUUUCUCACAGAGUGUAUCCAGUGCACCUACAUAAUGACAGGCAAUUGGGUCUGAUGCUGCCCUGCUUGUCCAGGUAAAACUCCUGUGGAGGGCCAUUGGAGUUUUGUCAGAGCAGCUGUUUUGGAAGACCCUGUAGCCACAAGACUAAUGUUUUCAAAAACUGCUGGUGGUUUUGGAUGCUUCAUUUUCUAACACGGGGCACUAAAAGAUGCCUGAUUUCCAGUGCAUUUUUAUUCAUCUGACCUCCAAAAAUCAGGCCUCUUAAAAACAACUAAAGAUGAAAAUGUAAAAAUGUGAAGGCAUCCAAAAUCAAUAGGUCUUUCUUUUUUUUCUUGUUCCUUGAUUAUUCUAAACAAGAAAGCAGCUAGCUUUUUCAUGGUGAGUUAUUAUGAACCUGAUUCUUGUAUCACACUGGUUUGGCUUAAGUUUAACUUCACUCACGUAGUGGAGUUACACUGCAAUUAUAAUUACAUGAGUGAGAUUAAAAAUCAGGUUUUAUAUUUUCUGAUAGUGUGAACAAGUACUGAAGACUAUUUUGAAGUGUCUUUGAAACUAUCAGACUUUAAAAAUCAAUAACAGCAACUGAAAAAAACAGUAAAAAAAAAAAAAGGAAAAAAAAAGAAAACAACAAAAGCCUCUUUUCAGUCUGAGGUGGUUCCUAUGAUAUUUCUCUUCUUUCUUGGAUGGUGCUUUUACUGCAUUAAUUGUUAGUCCAGAGCAUCUGAUUGAACACAGUUCUUGCUCUGUACUCUUUUCUUUCUGUGCCAGUAAAAAAAGACACUCGUUCAGUGGUGGUAAUAUGAGGCACACUGAGAACCUACAUAUACAAAAAAGCAAAAGGUAAUUCUCAUGUUAGGUCACUCAGCUGUCACUAUGGAACUGGUCAAUGAAACGUCUCACCACUGCCCAGGUGACUGUGACACAAAAAAAUACAAACAAGUAGUAAGAAAAAAAGUAAGAGUAGUGAAAGACAGUCUCACCUCUUUGACACCUGCAGAAAUUUUGCUGACCUCCAUAUCAGCUGGAGUGGCAGAAAUGAAUAGACUUCCACAUGCUCCCUUUGCCUCCCCUGGGGGCAUUUGGUUGGGAGAAGGACCAAACUCACCCAGAGAAGCUCUGCACAUCAUUCUUUGACUCAGGCUUAGGUGGUAAAGUUUUAUCACAGAGCAAAAGGGCCACAGAGCCUCAUAUUGCAACAAAAGAUCUGGUGGCUGUUUGUUAAAAACUAGCAGCCUGUGUGUGGUUUUGGCUGAGUUGUGUGAGGUUUAAGCGGUUUUUUGCUUGGUGGUGGUGGUGGUGGUGGUUGGAUUUUGAUUUUUUUUUUUCCCUUUCUCUCUUUUCCUAGAAAUGCUGAGCAUUUACAAUUUUAAACAUUUCUUAAAACAAGACCCUAAGUUUCAAUCCCAAUACAGCAGGUGAGGCUGCCCCCAGGCAUGUUUCUGAGCCUGCAACACAAAGGCUGAAGCCCUUUCUGUCUUGCAUCUCCCUGUGAAUGAUGAGGGAGCCCAGCACACUUUGCAAUAGUUCUGUCGCUCCGGGGCCUGCUCACCUCAGCAGUAAUACUCAGAUCACCCAGCCAACUCCUCCUGGCCUGGCCAGUCAUCUUGUUGCUCACCGCCUUUUCCUCUCUGGGUGUGAUGCCACCUUCUCAGCCAUCCUGGCCUCAUGGUGUCUCCACAGCCUAAUCUUUUUUCCCCUGCCGCUCCUGUCCCCAUAUGACCAUUUUUCCUUUCAAAACCUCCUGCUUGGGAAAUUGGGGGUAUCUUACUAAUCUAACCCAUUCUGUCCCUGCAUCUCUUGAGCCAUGUGCUCCCCUGUCAGAUGACCUUCUGGUUCAGCACCUGCUCAGCAUUUUGGGGAUGACUCCCUUAGCAGCCAGCUUUGGGAAAUGUUUGCUGACGCUGGGACCAGAACAUGUCUGAGACCGCUGCACCAUCUGAGGCACAGCACAGUGGAGAGAUGGCGGCACACCGCAGUCCAGAAGUGGCCCUUUAGUGGUUAGAAGUAGAGCACAAGCCUUAAACCUUAAACCUCUCAAAUACCCACUGCUCAGUACUUGUAGCUAACAUUGAGUGCCUAGGAAGGCCUGUCGUUCUUAUGUGUUCACAUUAACUCCAUGGUUAACAGGCCCCAGUAGGUCCAGGAAAGCUAAAGGUUCACUUGCAUAGGGUUGGUCUUUACAGGUCAAAGGCAGUUCCCCACCUGAGGUCAGGAAAAACAUGGAAUUGGAGCUAAAGGGUCUGAAAUCACAGGGCCUUAGCUGAAACAUUUACUGCAAUCAACCUCCUCCACCAGGGCAGCAGCCAUGCCUGGACAUGGCCUUGUUCCUUCUAGCCAUUAGGCUGCAGCCAAGUUACAGGGGAAUUCAGAUGCAUUAGGCCAAGCUGGUGAAUGUAAAUUGGUUUUCCAGGGAUGGUUUGGGCUUUGAAAGGGUUGGUUUUCCACUUACCCUUGGGUAGGAGGCUGCCUGUGAAAAUCCAUGCACCAUCAGGCACAAGGAAAGCGGCCUGCUCUGUGGUCAAGCAGAGGGAGUUUUUUGUAAGGAUCAUUAUGGGAUGGGUUUUUUUAUAUUGUUUAAAGCAAUUUUUUUUUAAUUGUUUUAAGCAAAAUCCCUGUCUGUUUAACUUAUGCCAUCACAUGUGCAUUUUCAGUUUCUGCAUGAGGGGAUAUGAAAAAGAAGAGUCAGACACUGGUUCAGUAAUAGCAUUUUGCCACAACAAACUGCUCGCCUUAACUUUUGUAAGAAAAACAAAGAAAAACCUCUUUUCAGUGUAUUUUUUCCUGGACUAGGAAAAAAGUAACCUAGGAAACUUUUUUAUAUUUUGUAUUUUCUAAGUUUCUAUACACCCACUCUCCAUGUCGUCCCUUGUUUGCAUUCAGGGACCAAUUCUUUUGCAAACCACUGCAUUUUACUUCCAUUCUUUCUUUUUUUUUUUUUUAACAGAAAAAAAUACAAAUCAAAAACCACAGCAUUAUGAUUAGUGGCUAGGCAAUCUCUUUCAAUUACUAGAAUAUCAAUACAGAAAGAAAAGAAUUACAGGGUUGUUUUCUUUUUUUAAUUUCUUGUGGCUGAUGUACUGUAUGGUAUAUGUUUACAGAACUCCUCUGGUCUGCCUUUGUGAUGUUAUCUAAAUGAAUGACAAAGUAGGUAUGAUGUGCCAUUUGACAGUUUGCCUUAGCACUCUUGAGUUUCCUUCUUCUUUUUUGUAUCUUUUAUUUCCUAUUUUUUUCAAAAAAGUGCAGGCUGUAUUCCAAAGCUGUAUAAACACAACAUUAUCUUUCAAUCCCCAGCAAGAGAAGCUUGCAUAAGCCCUUCUCCAAAUGUACCUCUACCAGUGCAGUAUGAGACUUCAGCCCUGCAAACAAAAACGUGCAUACCUAAUUCUGCUGUGUGUAGAACUGUUUCAGUCAACAGGACUCCUCACAGUACAAACAUUGUAGGAGUCUGCAAGGUCAGGCCAUGAAUGAUCAAUGCAGAGUGUAGUUUUGGUGCUCCUUAUGUACCUAUACAGAUUUUAUACACUGCUGAGUUUGCCCAAGGUGUUGUAAUCAGAGAGGCUAACUCUAAGCAUUGUACCUCUACUGAGAAAAAUACAAAACAAAACGGUACUUAACAUCUGGUAGGAUCAGGUCCUGAGUCAGCAUUGUUACCAUCCAUGAGCAAACAUUCAGAGGGGCUUCCCUGACAGCUAAAAUAUUAGUCCCCUGCCAUUGUACCUAAGUUCACUACUGAUUCUUCACACUCAAAUGAUUAAGAUUCCACAGUCUAAUUUGAGCAAAAAAAUAGCAUAGAGAGUUUCUAGAGAAAUAAAAGGCAUUCUACCUUUUAAUUUAGUCAAACAUUCAAAUGGCAUACUUGGAAAGUAAGCGGGGAUAUCAUAGAAAAUGUAGUUUUUACAUUUGUGUAUUUUUUUAAGGAAUAAAUAUUUUUGUAAUGAGAUACAAACCCUAGAUGGGUAUUGAGUUUUGGAAUAUCAUCCUUCCCAUGACAUUGAGCCUUUCAACUUUUUCAUAUGUUUAUGACAAUGCCCACAUUCUUGGGAUCUUUUGUAGACCUAACCACAUUUUUUUCCAGGAAGAAGAAUCACAAUACUUUUUAAAGAGUCAGUUUAGAAGAGUAGAAGCCAAUAUAACUGCUAUAGACACAGCUAAAUAAUUAAACAUGUUUCACAGAAAAGGUGGACCUACACCUUCUAUAACUAGACAAAUUUCUUUACCUAGAAAGCCAACACAGUAGGCAGUAGCUAACUACUUUCAGCAGAGUGAUAUGGCUAAUAGGGGAAACACAUGUUUUGUCAUAUUUUAUCCAACAUUAGAUUUCAAAGUGCAAGAGAUGGUGUCACUGGAAAGAGUUGAACAAAAUAUUUUAGAUGAAGUAGAGGAUUUUCCCACAUGCUGAGGCAUGGACUCUUUAUUUUUUCUAAACUCACUAAGCUUCAACCAGGUCUCGCUGUCUUUUGGAAAGUUCAGCAUUUGCUCAGACUGUGUUUCUUGAGCCUUCUGAGCAGCAAGAGUAAACUGUAGUUCUGACCUUAAUAGUUGCAGACUAUGACAAUAUCCAACAAAAAUAUAGACUGUAAUUUUUGUAUGUAAAAGAGUAAAUUCUAUAAAAUGGCUGAAUUUAUUCAGUUUAGAAUAUAAAUGGAUUGUCACCUAGUCCAAAGAAUAUAAAUCCAACUUGUAAUAUAAACUUCUAUUAACUUAGCUUGUAAAUAGUGACAAGGGUGCAUGAAGUUCUUUAAAAUGUCCCACUUGUAUUUAAAAUUAAACAACUUUAAACAGAGCCUUUUUCCUUGUGGGUUCAAAGAGUCUUGCAAAAUCUAUAGCUUUUUACCUGUGAUGGUUCCACUUAGGCUGUUCAGUGGAUUAAGAAUAGGCCACUUUUCUUAAGGCCAAACUUGUGAAGAAUUCCAAGCCCUUUCCUUCAGUUUGCAAAAGCUUCUCUUACUUUGUGGGAUUUUGCUGCUAUUGUAUUUCAAGGCUUUCCUGCAAUUGUUUCCCAAAUUCUUCUCAAAGGUAGAUUAAGGGGUUUGUUCUAAGAAUUACUCUACUUCAGAAAUUGAAUUUAAAAACCCUUAAUUACUUUUUUAGAAUUAGCCAAGUAACUCAAACUCACCAGUUUUAGUAUAUUUAUACAUUUGUGACUUGCACUGAUAAGUUGGUGACUUGUACAAAAAUUUAGACCUUGCAUAUCUAUUCAUAGGUCUGUAAGACCUAAAGAUUUGCCCAUGAGCAUAAAAUCAAGCAUCCAAGUAGUCCAUUUUAAUGGGAUGACCCAGACAAGUAAAAUUUAAGCACAUACACAAAUAUGUAUAGGGUCUGGUCAUUAAGCAAUAUGCUACAGGCAAAGCUUAUGCUGCUUUAACUGUGUCUUCUUAUUAGUUUAAUUAGAAUUUUAAAUGGUGUUGUGAAACCAGUGCACUUUUCUGCAGAGGGUUUUAGAGCAUGGUCUCCUUGCUGACUGUGUUUGAGGAGACAAACACCCUCCAAGAACUCUCAAAAUCCCACUGCCUGGAGACACAGGGGACAGAGAGGUAAACUUUACACCUCCACACAACCACAACAGAAAAGAGGCAGUGUAAUGUUUAUUUCCAAAUUUUUCUCUCCACACAUCUCUGCCCCAGACUCUGCCUGUCCCCUGUCUCUGUGCUUGCUCUCAUUCUGGACAUGAUGGCUCAACUGAUCCCUUUUUCUUCAUCCAUGUGCUUCCCUUUUUGUGGUCUCCUGUAAAAAGAGGGGGAAGAAAGGAGGGACCAGACUUAUAAAACUCACACUAGGCCUGCUGGUGUCAGUUCUAAGAAAUUAUGGUAUCUUGUCCUCACUAUUUGGACAUUUUCCUGCAUUUUCCUAGAUUCUUCGGACAUAUUUGAUAUUAGAGGAGCACUCUCCUUCUCUAUUCAUCUGUCAUCCUAUGGAUUGCCCAAACAGUGAGUUCAAUUCAAAUCUCACUAUUUAGGUAAAUUUUCUGUCUCUCUUACUAUUCCUUUGGAACACACUAUGUCUCUUGAACUCAUAUGAGCCAGAUGUGUCCAGGUACAUAAAAUAUCAGCAUCUAUAAAGCAGUUCUUACAGCAGCAGAAGGCAAUCCACCCCGCUGUAUGUCAGGUUGCUAUUAGCAGGGCAAAAAAGCCUGGAGAAAAUGUGAACUUCCCCACAGACUGAUCCAGCAUGCAAAGGCAUUUUCAGCAAAAUUAGCUGCCAAGAAUCUACUGGUAUCCCUCCAAUAUGCUUGUUAAAGAGAGGCAAACUCCAAAAUUAAGAAGGUUUUGUGCAACCAUAUAAAGUCCCAGUUGAACGUGGUGCUGAGCUACACUAACCUUAAGCAUUUGAAGUAUAACACAUACUUAGCACUGUGCAGGUUAGGGAUAGCCUUGAGGAUGUGUGAAGAUCAGCCAGUAUUUAUUAUUAGGGUGCUUUACUGAUGAUGGUCUCAAAUAUUGUACCUGUUAUUCCUGUUAUUUUUGCAAGGAACUGCUCUAGGGGCAGAUACAAGUGAAAUAAUAAAUCUGAAAUUUUUUGUUUUUCCAUUGUCCACCUGAAUCUGACUGCAGCAAAGGUGGCCAAGAAGGAGCAGGUCAGGACAAAGACAAAGAACACAUUUAUGAGGGUUUUCUGCCCCUCCCAACUAUGUUCACUCCAUAGGCAAAGAAUGACUCUUUUUAGGGGUUCAAGAAAAUGUUGUGUAAAAUGCAGCUUUUAUGGUGAAUGUAGAUUGUGGUUGAGAUUUUUUUUAAGCUUUAGUCUCCCACUUUCUUUGUGAGCUAAUGUAAAUAAAAUCCCAUUUUGUUGGGGAAAAACUGCUGUGCUAACACUGGAUUAGAAUUGCUGGGGAUAGCUGCUGUACUUUGUAACCUGAAGUGUACUUUUUUGACUGUUAUGUUUUUUUCUUCAGAUUAAAAAAAUGAGUACAAAAAAAAAAACAAAAUAAAAAAACCAAGAACACUGCCAGCAACAGCCAUGCUGUAACUGUGGCUUCUCUUUUUUUUUCUCUGUACAGUAAUACUAGUAAAUAAAUCUGCCUUUUCACUGCGCCUA